AUGGCGUCAACUAGUCAGCAGUUUGCCAGACAAGAUUCUUGGCGAAAUCUUGUCUUUAGUUCCGACAAAAGUGGCUGCUUCCACAUCGGUUCUGUCCAAGAGGUGGAGGAACCUGCUGCCUCUUGUAGACAGUUAAGAUUGAGAGUUACAGAGCUGAAUCUGACCGCGUCAAUUUAUGGUGGUACAGUCGUGAACCAUGCAUCAAUCAAGCGUCUUGUGAUUGUAACGCCUCUUCCUGAUGAUACAAACUACACUCUCUUGACAAAAUAUUUCGAAAGCUCUCGCCAAACUGUUCGUUUCCAAGCACCAGCAGGUCUUGUCUGCCUUGACUACUCUAGUUUUGUCUAUAGAAAGUAUGUGGUUGAUGACUUGGAUUCUCUUGUCGAAGCAAGGCUGAGUCUCAAGUUAUGGUGGUCAACUAGUCAUUUUGAUUACGAUGAUGGUUAUUAUUACGAUAGUAUUGGCUCUUUUUAUUUUGGUCAUCCACGCCCGCCUAUAUUCGGUGAUGUUACAUGUCUAGUUACAGCUAUAAGAAACAUUACCACCCUUCACUUGUCUCCUGAUUCCCUUGAGGUGUUUCAUUUCUGCUGUAAAUCCAUGCCUAUGUUCAACAACGUUGUUAAUUUAUCCAUUGAGAGUAACAAGCAAAAAGGUUGGCAAGUAAUGCCACUUCUGUUCAAAUCUUGUCCAAUUCUACAAACUUUAGUCUUCAAGGGUCUUGUUCACAAAAUAACAAAUAGAUGUGGAGAUGCAUUCGCUUGCAACCCUCAGAAUCCGAAUCAGCAAAAGAGGAAGAAGAUUAAAAGGAAUAAAAGAAUUUCAGACUAUGGAGGUUGUUUUCAAGAGCUGAAACAGAUGAGGCAUUUCUUGGCCAAUUUGGAAUGUCUUGAAACUGUAAAAAUUGGUGUUCACUCGGACAAGAAUAGUGAGUUACUACGAGCUAAUGUAAUGGCUCUUCCUAGACUUUCAUCAAAGUGCACCAUUCAAUUCACCUGAGCUAUUUUUUCCUUUACCUUUUUCUUGUAGUGUUGCAACAUUGAUAUGAUUUAUCACGUUAAUAUCGUUCUUGCAAGUUGCUUACAAUCUCUCUAACGGAUGUAAUUGUUUUCACAUGCCCUUUGUGAUUCUCAAGAACGAGAAACUCUUAAAAUGUCAAAACAAGAAGUUAUUCUCGAUGGUCCAAUGGAUUUUCUCACCUUGUUCAAUCUGAAGUUUGAAUAUUAGCAUAUACCUCCAUAGUUUUAGUUUCAGAAGAAACACUAAA